UUUCUUGUUUUUUCCACUGUAGUAGAACUGCUCACCCGUAUCACCCCUUCUUAUACCAUCUGUCUUCUCUCUACCACCACAAACUGCUACCAAACACCCGUCGAUCAGCCAUUGAAAAUUGAAACCCCUUCAGGCUUCAUCGUUUUGAAAGAGCAAGUUGAAACCCCUUCAUCACUUUCUCUCUCUAAUUUAUCUCUCUACUGGUUUAACUUAAGCCCACUUGGCUGAAAGUAGAUGAACAGCGGCGGCGAGCAGUUUCUCUAAGCUGAGGCUGGACUGAACUUAUCAGCGAACCGAACAACGAUGAGACUGUGACGAUAUGAGCAAGGAAUCCGGCAAUUGGGCAUCGGAGAAGGAGACCCAAAUUUGCAUCCACAAGCAAUUCAUACUCCAAAGUUUUAUUCCCAGUCAGUUUGUCCGUGAAUUCCGGCAUCGGAGAGGGAGACCCAAGUUUGAGGCUCUGGUUUCCAUGGAUUCCAGCAUCCACAUACAGUAUAUAGAGAGAGAUUGAGAGGGAUGGCUCACUAAUAGGAGCUAAUGGAUUUUGUUUUGGUUGUUGGAUGGAUUUUUGGUUUGGAAAUGGUCUAUAAGGGGCGAAUAUCAGCCUCAUCAAUCUCUCUCUAUACUUUUUCUAUAUACCCAUGGAAUACAGAGAUGCAAGAAGCAUGCUACCCAUCUCUUACACACAAGAUCAGAUGCGAUGAGAAUUACUCUUACUUUCUAAUGUCAGCAUUGCUAGUGCUUCUCCAGCUGCAAUUCUUACAUAUUUUGAAUUCAGGUAUCACUUAUUCAAAGAAAAUGUUGAACAAAUCCUUAAGAAUUCCACUAGUGCCACUAAUCAUCUCCUUUGCAUCCUCUUCCAAUGCCAAACUGGUUAAGAUUUCUAUGCCCAACUUCUAUAGCAUUGGGCGUUUCUCUCCAUACUUGAAAAUGUCUCUGAUCAACCGGCAACCGGUUGAUUCCGGCGUCGUCGUUGUAGGAGAAGAAGAACGCUCACAACAACCCAAAAAAUUCUUCACGGCCGAGAAUUUUAGAGGACGACGACAAUUUGGGGAUGAAUGGAGGAAUGAUUGGUAGGUCAAAAGCAGAGAAUGAACAAUUUUUGCAGAGGGCUUUAAGAGAGAAACAUCUGGUUAAGGCCGUGGAGGCUUAGAUGGGUGAGGGCUUGGUAUGGAUCUGGAAAUGGGUUUUGUAGAGGAACAAAUUUUUUUUUUUUUUUGAUCUUGUGGUAUUCGACUUUUGUGGUUUUCUUGGUUUUUACUUUUAUAUAUGAAAAUAAAAAUAAAAACAAAAUUAUUAAACUUACUUUUCUUAUUUUACUUUCAAAAUUUUGAAAGUAGUAUGGAUUUAAUGAACGUAUUUUACUUUAUAUUUUAGAUUCAAGAAAUGAAACUUAUAAUUUUACUUUUGAAGAAAGUAAAAGUAAGAAAGUGAAAGCGUUAGUAAACGGGCCCUAA